AUGGCAGCAGCCUGCAGCGGCUGGAGGUACCUGGGGCAGCUCCCGUGGAGACUGAGGGCUGCUGGCCAGGCGGCUGGGAUGGGGCUCCUGCGGGCCCAGAGCAGGGGGUACUGUAUCCCCUUUGGGACAGGACGCUAUGCACGGGCCCGGGCACUGAAGGGCAGCCGCAUGCUGGUGGGGGCUGCUUUUGCCCUGGGGGGCACCUUUGGCCUCUUCCAGACUCUCCAGUAUCCCCUGAAGGCCCAGGAGCACCUUGCAGAGCAGCAGGCAGCCAAGCUCCCUGCAGGUUGCCUGCAGUUGACCCUGUACCAAUACAAAACCUGCCCGUUCUGCAGUAAGGUGCGAGCCUUCCUUGAUUACCAUGGGGUGCCUUAUGAAAUUGUGGAGGUGAACCCGGUAAUGAGGAAGGAGAUCAAAUUCUCCUCCUACAGAAAGGUGCCCAUCCUUUUAGCCAACGCUGGAAACGCUCUGCAACUGAAUGACUCUUCAGUGAUCAUCAGUGCAAUAAAGACCUAUCUUGUUUCCAGGAAGAAGAGUUUAGAAGAGAUUGUGUCAUUUUAUCCUCCUAUGAAAGCUGUGAAUGAGCGGGGCAAGGAGGUGACGGAGUAUGGGAACAAAUACUGGCUCAUGCUGGAUGAAAUGGAGACCCAGCAUGUGUACCCCAUCAAAGAAGCUAGGGUGGAGGAAAUGAAGUGGCGAAAAUGGGCAGAUGACUGGCUUGUUCACCUCAUCUCCCCCAAUGUUUACCGCACACCUAGGGAAGCCCUGGCUUCUUUCGAUUACAUUGUCCGUGAGGGCAAGUUUGGCACCGUGGAAGGCUUUUUUGCCAAGUACGUGGGGGCCGUUGCCAUGUUCUUCAUCGGCAAGAGGCUGAAGAGCAGGCACCAGCUCCAGGAUAAUGUCCGAGAAGAUUUGUACAAAGCAGCCAAUGACUGGGUAAAAGCUGUUGGCAAACACAGACCAUUCAUGGGUGGCAGCCAGCCGAAUCUCGCUGACUUGGCAGUAUAUGGGGUCCUCCGGGUCAUGGAAGGGCUGGAAGCCUAUGAUGACAUGAUGACUCAUACCAAGAUUCAGCCUUGGUACCAUGGCAUGGAGAAGGCUAUUGGAGAGGCUGAAGUCACGAACUGGCAACUGCUGCAGCCGCUUUACUAAAAUCCUUGCACAGAAAAACAUGAAAGGAAAUACCUUCUAUAUUACAAAUAAAAUGCACUGGCCCCUC